GGACAGUACCCAUGCUCGACCGCCUGCAGCCAGUGCAGUGCGCCCUUCGCUAGCCUCACGUUCUCUGCCCUUGCCCUCCCGCCGCCGUCAUGGCCCGCAGUGGACCAAUCAUGUACGUAUACAAUCACCUCGAUGUCCUCCAAAACCACCCGGACGCAGUCGCGGAUCCGGACUUCCUCGAUUAUGUAGGCCAUGAAUUUGACUAUCCCGACCGUAACUACCCGCCGCGUGGGUCUGCGUCGUCGCCUCCUCCUCCGUACCAGCCUAUAUCUUAUCCACUGCCCUCGCCCUUGCCUUCCCCUGCAUUUCCUGUCCACUCGACUACGACCGCUACGAUCGCGGACGCGCGCCUCCACCCCGCCCCGCUGCACCAACUUCAUGACCGUUCCUUCUCGCCUGAUCCUCGCGACAAUCCGCACUUCAUCAUGACCGCCAACGAACAGUUUCGUGCUGCUCCAGCACCCCCUCCGCGCGAGCCCACUUCCUUGCGACAGAUCCCGCCAUCCCUCCAACCAGGCCGUGCCCCGAUGUAUCAUUCGUCAAGUUCGACACACCAUAGGCAGUCGCGAUCAACUCCAUAUGUAUCCUCGAGCCCCCCGGUCCCGCCGAAGGAUUAUCAUCUAGCCCCUCCACGACAAGCCGGACCGCCCCCUCCUUUGAUGUCACAGCGCAUGAUUUCCGCUUCGUCUAUGUUUCCUCAUCAUGCCGUGUGGCAACCGCCUGUUUCGUAUGCCUCCAGUGCAGAGUCAGGUUCGAGCACGAGCAGCCACUCCUCUUCCCUACAACAUACGCCUGGAGCGUCCCCGCCAUCAUCGACCGUUUCUUCGCCUCGCAACUCCUCUGUACCAACAACACCAUCCGCAUCUUCAGCCAAUCUACCCAGGGAGGAUAAUACACCGUCCGUCCCUCCCGUCCCAGCACCGGCCGAGGUUCCUGUACCGGUUACGGCGCCUCCAGCCCGUGUCAAUCCUCCUCCUCGGACCUCCUCCGUCGGCCUUCCCCGCUCUCGCACUCCUGCUCAGGCGCCGGUGCCUAUUCCGGGUACGAGCGCCGACUUACCGCCUGCUACGACGGCUCGCCCACCUCGACCCUCACACAACCAUUCCGCUCCAGAACUUCAUGUACGACCCCCGCCGCCUCCCACGCUCGUGCGAUCUGCUACAGUGCCAUCUCCAGCACCAGUGACAAGCCAACCCCAAUUGCCCAACAGAAGCCUGUCUCAGUCACAGCCUGGCGAUCAACCACAGAGAGGCCGAAGCAGGGAACAGCAGCCCGGCCAGGCCGUGAAACGGCAGCGCAGUAGGCGCCCGAGUAUUACCGCGCCGCGCGACCUGGACCGUAUCGACGAACUAGACGAGACGGACCCGCGUGGCGUUGCGUGGCACCAUGAGAGUCCGUAUGAGCUCGUCACACGUUCGCUCAGCCAGCGGAGGAAGGAGGGGGAUGGCCAUGGCGCCGCCUCUAGGAACGACGGUUCGGACAGGCCGCGUCUCCAGAAGAAGCCGAGUACGAUGUCCUUUAGUGUUGAGCCUGGACAAAUCUUCCCUUCGGGCGCCUUGUAUCAGGCUAUGCAACCCCCGUAUCGACCGCAAGCUCCUGUGGAUGCGAAUCACUCCCCUCCAUUCAACCCAUAUAGCCAGGAUCAGCCUGCUUACACGCCUGGGGCCCCGCCUUUGCCUCCCACAGCGCUCGCUUCCACUGAGACAGGGAAGCUCAGGAAGACACCUUCGCGAUCUCAGCCUGUGUCUCAGCCAGCCACACAGGGUUCACCUCAGCAGUUACCUGGACCGUCCAGGGCUCAUCGUGGACUGCCUCCACAACUAGCUCCUGUUGGCCCACUUCCUCAGCCGCCAACCGCUGCCGUGCCAUCCCAGCCCAGCGACCCCGUACGUCCGACGCUGCAGCAGUGGCCAUCGCAACGAUCCCACGUACGGUUCGAGUCGCCUUCGAGGCCUGAAGUACGACCUCCGUUGAAGCAGGGUUCGGUAGACGAGGCGUAUAACGGCAUUGAGAUACCAAGGCCUCCGCCUCCGCCUGUUGCUCAGAGUGCGUUACCCCCACAGCAGCCUCUGCGUCCGCCCCAAGCGGCUAUGCCUCCGCCUCCGCCCCCACCCCAGUCGAGACCAUCGUCAAUGUACAUGACAUCGUCCCAGAACGAGUCGGCGCUACCCCGUCCCGAUAUCCCUCUUCCUCCGCGCCGCUCCCAGUCACAGGCACCGCUACCGCCGCGUCAUCGGCCUAAGCAGCUUAUCAUGCCUACUCCCCUGCAGCCCCUUGAGGACCAACGCAAGGCUGAGGCUGCUCGGCUAGCACAGCUACACAGGGCGCAGGCGAUACCCCAGGGUAGACAUUUGGAGGAGGGCCCACCCAGGCACGGAGACAUCCACGCUCACGGCGGACGGCAUAUGUCACAUCAUUCCAUGUCGCAUCGCCCGCCGCCUAUCGCGCAAGGUCAAGAGAGCACGAACCUCGCGAGGGCCGCUAGCCAAGGACAGAACAGGCCACAGUCUGUAUCUAUCUCUGCCGGACCGAAGGUCUUGCGCAAGCGAUCUGUUAACAAUGCAUCCACACCUUUGGUUGGGCCCGAGAUGGCUCCGUCGAACGCUGCUGCAGCGAUGUUCGCGGCCCGCGUCGUCGGUGACAGCCAGCACGGCAGGGCAGUCGAGCGUGUCACGAGUGGCGUGUGGAUGAGGGAUCGCGUAAAAGAAGAGGAGAUCCAGCGCGAGCUUGCGAGAGAACCAAAGGUUGCAAGGAAGCUGAGCAAGCUGACGAGGAAGCUACGGUGAGCCAUGGUAUUCAUGGUGUCGAGUGAAACCCCGGAGCAAUGUUGGCGUGUUGCUGAUCUGACUGCCGAGUCAGCGGUGAACACUACUCCCGUCAUAUUUGACUAACGACUUCACGUUUUCUGCCCUUCUGGUCUGCCAUUAUAAUCAUGCAAUCCCUGCUUGUGUUUUAUGACCACGGACUUGUUUCGUAUCUUGGGCUGUUGUCGCCAUUUACUAAUACUUUACAUCUCGUUGCAAGUUACGGAUACUCGGUAUGCUCAUCGUAUCUCCUGUCAAUGCUAUAGAACACGCUCCUGUUGUAAUCGCCAAUGUCUUCCGCUCUGUAGCAUCGCUGUAACCACCCCUCGCUUACUUACUUGCAGUGUUACGUUGUGGACUGUUGAUCCGCUCUAACCUCUAUGUACUUGUAUGUCGUUGCAAUUGCAUGUCAUUGUACACUGUUACGAAUCACCGAUACGUGAAUUGUAGCGGUGCACUGAU